GAAACAAAGAAAGAGUUUAUAAUCUUACUAUCACUAAAGGUUCUUGUUCUCCUGAUGGCUUUAAACGCGAUAUAUAUCUCAUAAAUGGCCAAUUCCCUGGUCCUCUUAUUGAAGCUAAUAGAGAUUAUACCAUAGUUCUCAAU